GCUUACCCGAAACAAAGCUAGGGUUCUUCUCCACUCUCCUCCUCUCCGCCGCCAUCUUAAAACCCUAGCCCUCUUCUUCCUCCAAGUCCCCUCCCUAUCCGAUCCGAGAGUUUCAUGGCGCUCGACACCGCGGCGAUCUCCUCCGAGUGCUAACCCCGCCGCGAGCCUCUUCCGAUCCCGCCUCCCGACCCCUCCCCUGCGCGGAAAUGGCCACCGCUAACCCCUUCGAUCUCCUCGGAGACGACGACAACGACGACCCCUCGCAAUUGAUCGCUACGCAGCAGCAGAAGAUCGCCGCGCAGCAGCAGAAGAUCGCCCCCAAGAAGCCUGCGGCCGCUGCUCCAGCGAAGCUCCCCUCGAAGCCGCUCCCUCCUCAACAAGCAGUGAGAGAGGCAAGAGAUGGUGAGGCGCCGAGACGAGGUGGUGCGGGCCGUGGUGGGCCGCCGCAGCGUGGGAGGGGUGGGCGAGGAGGUGGGAUUGGAUCAAAUCGGGAUUUUGGGCAAAAUGAUGCCAAUGGCUUUCCUAGUAAUGUUGGUGGAGGUGGUGGUGAAGAUUUAGAUAGCAGUAGGCCCUCAGAGAGGGGGCGAGGCGGCUAUCGGCCUUCUUAUCGUGGCGGCAGGCGUGGUGGGUACGGGAACAGAGAGGCUGAAGGCGAUUCUGAACAGCCGCCUCGGAGAAUGUACGAACGAAGGAGCGGAACCGGCCGUGGGUACGAGGUUAAGCGUGAUGGAGCUGGAAGGGGUAACUGGGGAACCACCAAUGAUGAUAUGAUUGCACAGGUAAAUGAAAAUGUGGGCAUCAAUGAGAAGGCUGUUGUUCCUGAGAAGCAGUCAGAGCAGGAUGGUGAGCCAGCACUCGAUGCAAAUAAGGAUAAGGAAGGUGCGGAGAAUGAAGAUAAGGAGAAGGAACCAGAGGAUAAGGAAAUGACUCUAGAGGAAUAUGAGAAAAUAAAGGAGGAAAAGCGAAAAGCCUUACUUGUAAUGAAGGCUCAAGAGAGGAAGGUUGAAUUUGACAAGGAUUUCCAGUCUAUGAAGCAGCUUUCAAUAAAGAAAGACAAUGAUGAUAUCUUCAUAAAAUUGGGUUCUGACAAGGAUGCUGGUAAGAAAAGAGAUAACGAUCGGGAUGAAAGGGUUAAAAAGUCUCUGAGUAUCAAUGAGUUUUUGAAGCCCGGAGAGGGAGAGGAAUACUACAAACCAGGUGGCCGUGGCCGAGGCCGUGGUAGGGGUUCAUUCAGAGGUGGUUUUGGUGGCAGCAACACGAGCUCUCAUGCGGCCCCUGCAAUAGAGGAUCCCGGGCAAUUCCCCACACUUGGUGGUAAGUAGAAGAUUCGAGCAGCAGACCUCUUUUUGCCCUUUGUACCCAUCUUUGCCUGUGUUCUCUUUUACUUUAUCGCCCCUUAAUUCAGAAAUAGUUGUCAGGAUCUGGUACAAUAAACAAUGUUUCCUGCGCUUAAACAGAUAUGGUUGCCACUUAUUUAAAUUUCUGCUUUAACAUGUUAACUGUUGUUCUCGCGUUUGACAUCGGAUUGCCCUUCUAAGUA